UGUUGUGUAAAACAUUUGCCUCAGUUAAGUAAUUUUAAUCCUUAGAUUAAAAAUGUGUGAGAAAAUUGAGAGAUCGUUGAUCUUUGUUCUUUGCUGCUUGGCAGCAGUGGGUUCAGCACAGGAUGAGGUGACUUUAGAGUUGGACAAGCCCUUUUUGGAUGUGAGUGUCUCUCAAAAUACUGUCCUGGAGUGCUGCUUCAAUCCCAAUUUGAAGUCAGUAAAUUUCACCUGGUUCAAAGUACUUCGAAAUGACACGGGUAAUUUUUCUACAUUUGCUGUGGAUCUUUCAAUCUAUGUUUCUGCAAACCAAACAUCCAAAGAUAACGGUAUACAUUGUGGUACCCUAACCUUCACGUCAGUCCAGUUCAGUGACACUGGACUAUACCGCUGUUUACUGAACUACAGUGUCGAGUGGAGUUAUACACAUGGGACCUACCUGCAAGUCUCUGAACACGUGAUGUUAACAGGCCUCAGUGAAAGCACCAAAAACAAGAUCCUGACAGCUGAAGGAAUCUUACUGCUACUGUGUGUGCUGCUGCCUUCUGCCAUCCUUCUCCGCAAGUCAAAGAGAGUAAGUGAACAGGAGAAAAAGAAAGCCAAGAAGGAAGAGGAAAACAUAUAUCAGGGGCUAAAUCUGGAUGACUGUUGCACCACAUAUGAUCAGAUCGAACGGUCCCAGGCACAGGGCCCGUACCAAGAUGUCUGCAACAUUAUGGAGGAAGAGGAGAUCCAGCUGGAGAAGCCUUGAAGGAAAGGGGAGAGUCCGAGUUUAAGUUUAAAUGUGAUAAAUAUCAGGCUCAUUUCGAUUUUUCGAUUUUUAACAUUGCCAGCAGUUAGUGUUUUAACAUUUGACAGCAUAUUAUUUAAUCAGCUUGAUUCAUUUAAGAUUAAUAGACUAAAAAAAAUUGGACUUCAAAAGAGAAGGCCCUAUUUGACAAAACAACCUCAUCAAGUUUCAUUAAUGGGUCUUUAGCCAGAAUGUUCCAUUACUUUUGUACAUUUUUAUGCAGUUGUGUGUGUUGUCUACUCCAAAAUUUCUCAAGUUUUCAUGGCAUACAAUUGUCAGUAUUUAAAUGUUAACUACCCUUCAGGUCGCCAAUAUCCUACAACAAACAUAUCACAACCCUGCACUCAGUGGCUAUAAUAUUCUGAACAUAACAUAUAAUCUUGAUGUUUCCUCGUAAUAGUGGAAUAUGGGUAAAAUUUUGCUUUUAAGCCAACAUAAAGGAGAAGUCCUGGAAGUGCUCAGAGAAACAUUUGAAUGUUUAUGAUUUCCUGACGAUUGUGGUUGAAAGCUUUUGAGUGGACAUUGUGCUGGGAUUAUUUUGAUGCUUCUUAAAUGAUUUUUUAUAUAUAUAAAGCCUUUUUCUAAAUGAGUUAUUGAUGUGUGACAAUUUAACCGCUUUCUGUCAUGUUUGUAAGUGCUCAGAAAUAAAGAUAUGUAAAAAAGACAAUAAUUUAUUAACGUAAAAAAAAUCAUCAAUCCUCUGC